AUGGCAGCUGACUCUCGAAACGUUGUGCAGCUCAUUGCUGACGAUCUGGGCUUGAUGCUUGGCUGUUACGGCUCAACUGCCAUCCGGACUCCCAAUAUCGACAAACUCGCUUCCCACGGUACCAAGUUCACCAAUGCAUUUGCUAGUACCGCGUCUUGCAGUGGCAGCCGAAUAACUAUCUAUACCGGGCUUCAUACGCACCAAAAUGGCCAGUAUGGCUUGAACUACGGGUGGAACCGUUUCCAAACACAUGACCACAUUGAGACCGCCCCCCAGAUAUUCAACUCUCUGGGAUAUCUGACGGGAAUUAUCGGUAAGGUCCAUGUUGGGCCUCGUAGCGCCUAUCCCUGGGAGUGGUACGCGCCGGGCGAAACUCGCGAUGUUAGGGAAGUCGCUCGCCAGACAGAGGAAUUUUUUAAUGCAGCCAAGAAUUCCAAUCGUCCAUUCCAUCUAACUGUGGGAUUUCGAGACCCCCACAGAGACUCGACCAGAGGAGGGUUCGGGAAUCACGAUGAUAACAUUCGAGACCUUUCACUCCCAGACUACAAGCCGGAGGAUGUAGACAUUCCGUCUUUUCUCAGCGAUAUCCCUGAGCUGAGGACUGAACUGGUGGAGUACUACAAGGCAAUAACCCGGAUGGACAUUGGUGUUGGCUUAAUAAUGGACGAAUUGGAAAAACGAGGCCUGCAUCAUAACACACUCGUCAUCUUUAUUAGUGACAACGGUUCGCCGUUUGUGAAUUCCAAGACGACCCUCUACGAUGCUGGAGUCCGUCUACCGCUCGUUGUUCGUUGUCCAAGAGAGGGAAACGAGACCGGCACGGUCAAUCCAAACAUGGUUUCAUUCCUGGACAUUGUCCCUACCUGCAUCGACUGGGCAGGUAAAACUGAUGCGGACGUUGUGACAAGCAAUACAGGUAAAUCUCCUCAAAGAUUGGGCAGAUCCUUCCUCCCAAUUCUGCACGCAACUAAGACGUUGCCGGAUGAAGAAUGGACCCAGCAUGUCUUCGGCUCGCACACUCUUCACGAGAUCCAAAACUAUUGGCCCACCAGGUUUAUGCGCACGAAGAAAUUCAAGUAUCACCGCAAUAUAGCAUGGAGGCUGGACUUGCCAUUUGGCACUGACAUUUAUGGAAGCUUGAGUUGCGAGAGUAUUCGAAACAGUGCCCCAGUACCUGACGAUGAAUCCGAUACUCCAGAGGUGAUGAUCGGAAGACGUCGACUGGGGAGCUACCUUUAUCGCGGCCCCGAAGAGCUAUUUGACCUAGAGGCGGACCCUGAGGAAGUUCAUAACCUAGCAAAUGAACCAGAGUAUCAAGAUCAGUUAUUACUUAUGCGGAAGCAGACAGAAGAAUGGUAA